AUGCUUGACACAUUUUACCGUGUGAGAAAGAUAUAUUUCAUGGUCAUUGCCGUUAUUGGUGUUCCUGUGAACCUCGUGGCGAUGGUGAUCCUGUCCCGGGGAAAGUGCGGCCUCGCCACCUGCACCACUCGCUACCUGGUGGCCAUGGCAACCGCAGAUCUACUGACCAUCAUCUUUGAUGUCCUACUGUGGCGGGUCAGUUAUUACUACUUUUCCGGGACUUUCCUGGACAUCACCCCCGUGUGCAGUGUGAUUACUGUCCUGAGAACGGCAGCCACUGACUGUUCUGUCUGGUUCACCGUCACUUUUACGUUUGAUCGGUUUGUCGCCAUCUGUUGUCAGAAGCCGAAAACAAAAUAUUGCACCGGGAAAACCGCCGGCGCGAUUCUGACAACAACGGCCGUUCUGCUCUGUUUUAAAAACGUGCCAAAUUUCUUCAGAUAUGGUCCUGCGAAAGUGAUCGACAACAUACCCUGGGACUGUAUUGGAAAGCUGAGCUACUAUACGGAUUUCGCGUGGAAGGGAUAUAGGAUGUUUUCUAUGGUUCUAACGCCAUUACUCCCGUUCGUGUUAAUACUCCAGUUCAACGCUCUGACGGUCAGGCACAUUUUAGUGACCAGUCGCGUCCGUAAGGGGCUGAGGGGUCAGAGCAAGGCGGAGAACCGCAGUGACCCGGAGAUGGAGAGCAGGAGGAGGUCUGUGAUCUUACUUCUCACCAUCUCCGGCAGCUUCAUCACCCUGUGGUCGGUGAGUGUUGCCGAAUUCCUCUAUAACACCAUUGCCGGAUUGGAUCAGAAUAAUUACAGCGAUUCGGAAUACAUAUUUCAACACAUCGGAUACAUGCUGAUGCUAUUAAGUUGCUGCACAAACACGUUUAUUUAUGGGGUGACUCAGUCCAAGUUCAGAGAGCAGUUCAUCCGCGCAGUGAAAUAUCCGCUCACGUCAAUUAUUCAACUAAUUAAUAAACAGAAUAUCUAA